CAGCAGCUGGACGGCGUGCUACCGACAGCGCUCGAAAGUCUGCAGCAGCGGCGCGAGACGACCAGGAACCUCCAGCAGAUCGACGAGUUGCUUCGAGAUGAACCGGACGCGUUUCCGCCUGCGACUGCGUCAGCGCCGUCUAAAGCGACUAGAGGCCGCAGCUUCGGCUCGGGCCGCCAUCCGACGAAGAAUCCACGCUACUGGCUGGCCAAGUCUUGUUCAGGUCCUGGCCCGGGCGCGUACAUUGUGUCAAGAGCUGAUAGUCUCGUCAAGCCGAACGCUGGAGGUGGAGGAGCUCUUGGACUUCGCAGCGGAGUUUGCUGUCGCUUCCAGCCUUGCGAGUGCCGGAAGCCGCGAGAUGAAGCAAUAGAGGCGCCUGCAAGUGAUGAUUUAGAUGAAAAGCGGCAGGACACCAAGCAGCCUCGACGCUCCAGUCCGCCACUGGUGGCU